AUGGCUCAGUUCAAUAUGCUCUCGCUGCUCUUUGUCGGCUUCCGUCUCUUGUGUCUCCUUCCUCAGGUCUUCGGCCAAGAUGCUCCACUGUUCGUACAGGGCGGCUUCGAGGACGCCACUGCAGUAGAUGACACCUACAACUCCGGCGGUACCAUCACUGUCAACGGCUUCAACAUCCAAGUCCCCAAGAACCUUCAAGUUCAAUUCCCCGCAGCUUGGGUUCCAUGGAAGGACUUCACCGCAGAGAAGGCCUCUAUGCUGGGCUACGAGAUCAACGUCAUUGGCAACUUCAUCAACGGAAAGCCAAUCGCAGCACAAGUCAUCGCCUACGAGUUCUUCGAAGGCCUGAGCAGCGGCUUCAUCGAGUCUCUCAACUUUGAAGAGGGCAGCAUCAAGAUCGCCUCCGGACCCACCAUCCGCAUCAGCGACCCCAACGCAGUCUUCUCGGUCGGAAACAAUGUCGCGCCAUUCUUCACCGCGGACGACGAAAGCCCCAGCAUCUCUUCCUUCUCUGGCUUCCCCAUGUGUAUCCCCAGAAGUGCAUCCGACCCACUCUGCCCGGCGACUAAUCGGCCCUUCCAGGGCUCUGGCACUUUCUCCGUCCCAGACCCUCUCGUCAUGGCGCCCUUCCUCGCAGGCGACUUCAUUACCUUCUCCGGGAUCCGCCGCGGCAACGAAGUCAUCGCCUUCAGCAUCGUCGCGCAGAAUGUCAUGAUCACGACUUUGGGCGACCUAGUCUAUGUGCGCAUGGAACUUGGUCUGCUCGGAAUCGACAACGUCAGCCCCAACACUGAAGUCGCAGAGUCUCGCUUCGUCGGAUUCGCUUCCAACCCCAGGACAACGGUCGCGCUGUACGCCAUGGACAUCGACCCCUGCACCGGCAAGGUAACCGACCGCAUCAUCGCCGCCAUGGGUCUGCGCGGCGGGCGAAACGAGCAGAACAAAUUCGAAUACCGGUCCGACAUACUCAGUGGUUAUGCACGAGAGUACCGCGUCGUGGCCGAGAUCAAUGGUAUCCCCAAGACGCGCACUACCAAGAAUGGUCUCCUCGCGGGCACUUAUGUACAGCCUAUCAACGUCUGGGUCCACGCGGAGCAAAACAUCCCCGGAACGUUUCCUCCGGCGAAUGACUUCAGCCAGAUGCCGUGGCUCACGCAGGGUGUUGGUGUUGAUGAGGCGGGCAACCUUUGGGGACCGUUGGAGCCGUUCCCGCAGACUGGUGUUUUUAUUGAGGCGCCGCAGUGUGGCGUUGUGACUGCCGCGAGCUUCCAGGGCGAUGAGUUGAACACUACUUGGACUGGUGCUGGUAAGACUUUCCCCUUCGGUUGA